AUGGAUGAGGAGGAUGCUGUUCACCCCGGAGGCUUCGACCCCCGGUUCCUCCGUCCCCAGCUGCGGGUCUCCCCGGAGGAGCUGCGGGCCGGGGGCCGGCAGGGAGGCAGGACCACAGCAGCACCUCUCCUGCUCCCCUUCGCCGCAGUCAUGUCGGGAGCAGCACCAGAGCCCAACAGCUCGGAAGAGGAGCUGGAAGUGAGGGGUGCCUCCCAGGAGUGCUACGGGCAGGAUCUGUGGGUUCCCCAGGGCAGGGAAGCAGCUGCCUGCCUGGGGGACACCGAAGAGAUGAAGGUGAGGAAGAGGAGCAGGCCGGCACGCUCCAAGGCCAGGAGGAUGGCUGCCAACGUCAGGGAGCGCAAGAGGAUCCUGGAUUACAACCAAGCCUUCAACGCCCUGCGGCUGGCCCUCAAACACGACCUCGGGGGCAAAAGGCUUUCCAAAAUCGCUACCCUCCGGCGAGCCAUCAACAGGAUCACGGCUCUGUCCCUGUCCCUGCACGGCACCGGGCGCUGCUGGUCCUGCACCCACUCCGAGUGCCGCGGCCGGGCCGGGGUCCCUGGGCGGGAUCCGGGGAUGAAGGGCGGUCGCCCCCAGCUCCCCUGGGAGCCCGGUUCUGCGGGCACUGCCGCCUUGCAGCGCUACCCUCCGGCUCCGCUCUGCGCCGGGUUUUCCUGCGAGAGGCAGCUCCAGCACUGCCAGAGCCCGAAGGAGGAUGGCUCCGUGCCCAGCCCUGCCUAUUGCUCCAGCGGGACCCAGCCCCCCGGGCUCCGAGGCCAGCAGAGACCCGUGAGCCUGCAAGAUCCCCUGGCUGAGGCAGUUCCCUGGCAGCUGGGCUAUUGCCAGAGCUGGGGACACCAGCAGUGCCACCCCAUCCACUGA